UAAUUGCGGUACAACCGAGCAUAGUUUAAAAGAAUGUAAGCGACCCAGAAAGGGAAGAGAGCUUCCUUAUGCAAAAUGUUAUGUCUGUAACCAAGAUGGCCAUUUAUCUGGCCAAUGUCCCAAGAACGAGAGAGGAUUAUACCCUAAUGGUGGAAGUUGUGUCAUUUGUCAACAAGUCGAUCAUUAUGCCAAGGACUGUCCUGUGACAAAGGAGGAAGCAGGUACUACCUCUGUCGGCAUGAUCAAUUUAGAUCAAGGCGCUGAUGAUGAUGAUUAUCAUAUCUUUGCAGAGGAAAAGCAAAAGAUCGCUGAGGAAAAGAGACAAGAAAAGAAGAUGGAUGCCAUCAAGAAAUCACUUCCUGUCGCUUCUUCUUCUCCCAUGAAGAAGAAGGUUGUUAAAUUUUAGAAAUAGCAGUAGUAAUAAAUAAAUAAUAAUAGAAUGAUAA